AUUGAGUUGCUCUGCCAUGGAUCAAGUAAACCUCUUCAAGCAAUCAUGCACACCAUCAGCAGACUUCACCACAGAACCAAUAACAUUCAAAUCAAACCUAAAAAAGCGAAAGCUUGUCCGCAGAUUUCCGUUGCCAAUUCACUAUGACAACGGGGCUGCCUCGUCUGCCACCCCGAGUCCCCUUCCUGCUCCCCAUCUCUCGGAAGUACCUGAGACACCUACCCCCCCAUAUCGCCAAACACCAGCACCAGUUACUGUUUCGCAGUCAUACCUACGAAAACUUGUCCUGGAGCAUUGGGAGGCAGAAUUUAAGUGUUGUGAGGAGGCACGCAAGGCACAACUGUUGGAAGUGCACCUUGCAGCACUUGGAAUCACUAAAUUAGUUUAGCAUAAAAUAGCCCGAAAAUGCGAAC